UAACUGCCAAAUUAUAAUAAUCCUACAUAUACUUGAAUUAUCUUCCAUUCCAUUUUUUUUUAUGAAGAAAACUCUAGUUUGAUUUUUAUUUACUUCAUCGAUUUUAAAAAUGUUGAAGACAUUUUCUAUGUCCUCCCGUAUAGGAAGAGACUUACAGAGAUAUAAUGAAGGUUGUCGUCAAGUUGUUGGAUGCAUUCCAUAUAGAUACAGAAAUAGUUACCAGUCAGGUUCCAAUAUUGAUGAUUUGGAGUUUUUAUUGAUCAGUUCACAGAAGAGUCCAAGAUUGAUGUUCCCAAAGGGUGGUUGGGAAAUUGAUGAGUCCUUAAUAGAUGCAGCUUUACGCGAAACCUUCGAGGAAGCUGGUGUUCUUGGCGAUGUUGAAGUUCAAGAUUAUUUAGGUACCUGGAAUUUCAAGAGCAAAAGCCAAGGCACAUUUCAUGAGGGACACAUGCUGCCAUUGUAUGUCACUCAGGAAUUAGAUGAAUGGCCGGAGAAAUCUGCCCGUCAACGUUUAUGGAUGAAAUUUAACGAAGCUAGGGAAGUAUGUUGGCAUCCAUGGAUGAAGGAAGCUUUGGACGUCUUUGCUUCAAAGCUUGCUAAGAGAAACAAAGAAAAGCCUCAGACAUUAUUAUACCCUUUCAAUGAAUUGUCAAUUGAGGCAAUGUCAAAUAUUGAUACUACUCCAGUACCUAACCAAAUGUACAAUAUUGAAGAACCAAGAAUGGAUAACGUUGAAGCUAAUCCUUUGACUUGUGAAGAACCAAGCAUCAAUCCAAUCUUUGUAGCCGAUUCGAUGUUCAAUGGGACAUUGUUCAGUGAAGAAUUGGGAAUAAGCCAUAUAGCUAGUACUACACCAAUGUUCAAUGAGGAUACAAGAAUAAGCAUUAUCGCUCAUAGCUAGCAACGAAAGGAAGGAGAGCCAUCAACAAGCUUAGGAAGCAAAAGUGACGGAUUCAGAAUUUAGAAUUUAUCUCUAUAACUUUAUAUAUAUAUACUCGUUUUUGGCAUAUGUGUGCUUAGUUCAAACCUGAAGGACUAAAUUCUGAGAGUUCUCAGGGUGCCAGCAACCAGGAAUGAAGACCAUAUAUGAAAGUAUGUGUUAAAUGUAAUUACUUAGGGACUUAAUUAAGGCUAUAAUGGUCUUACUUUUGUUGCUUGUUGUAAAUACUCCUUGACCAAUAUAUAAUGACUAUAUUGUAGAGACUCAAAUAAUAUAUAUACUAUCUCCAUUUCAGUUUA